GGAGUUUGGGCUUUUGAGUUUGAGUGUUAGAACUCCAGUUUCAGUGAAACAGAUAUAUUAGUACAGCGUGGGAAAGGGAAACUGAUCACUGAUCAGAGCCGUAGAAGACAACAGAGAUUCGGUAAAGAAAAAUCCAUGGAAACUCAAUCAGAUGGCAACGAAGAAAUCUCCAUGGCCGCCAUUAAAGAGAAGCGUCAGCGUCUCGAAGCUCGAAUUCACUCCCACCACACCACCCACCUCCAGCUUCUAUCUUCUCUGCAAGCCCUAAUCGACCCCAACAUCGUCUCCUCCAUCGAUCUCUCUCUCAAGAUCGUCUCUUCCUUCGUAAAUCGCGCUUUCACUCCCACUCCUCCUCUUCCCGAUCCCAAACUGAACCCUAGAAUACUCCUAGAACCACCGGCGACUGAGCGUUCGUCUCCAGAAUCUCGCUCCCAAAACCCAAAACCCCCUCCCAAUUCGAACCCUAGCCCUAGUUUUAGCCCCAUUGACGAGAGCGGGAGUCCGCUUUCGGUGGUUCGGUCCAUGGUCGCGGUUUGUUUGCUCGAAAGAGUGCCUUUUUCUCAGAUUGAUUCGUCGACGGUGCUAAGGAAGCUUGAGAAUGACCAGACGGCGACCGCGGCGGAGAAAGCGGCGCUGCGAGAGCUCGGAGGCGAGUCCGGGGCGAUACUGGCGGUGGAGAUGGCACUUAGGUCGAUGGCGGAGGAGAAUGGCGGCGUUGAAUUAGAGGAGUUUGUGGUGAAUGGGAAAUCUAGGGUUAUGGUUGUGGGGAUUGAUCGGACCCGGCUCGUAAAGGAAUUGCCGGAGAGCGCGGGGCAACCGGAAUUGAAUUUGGGGGAUGGAAAUGGAAAUGGAAAUGGGAUUCAGAACCAGCAGCAAAUGGGUGGGGGUGAUGUUAAUGGCGGAAUGUUUGGAAUAACAGGGCCGAUUAGACCAAUGCCUGAUAUGUGGAUGGGACCGAUGUUUCCGAGGGGCGGUCCUAGGGGAAUGGGACUGAUGGGGAUUCCCAGAGGGCUUGCUGUUCCUCCGUUUCACCGGCCUCCAUUGGGGCCAAAUGCUGCGGCCAUGGGAGGAGGUUCUAAUGCAAUUAUGGCUCAGAAUCCCAGAAGUGAGGAUGAUGAUUUGAAGGACCUUGAGGCGUUGUUGAAUAAGAAAUCUUUUAGGGAAAUGCAGAAGUCGAAAACCGGAGAGGAGCUUUUGGACCUCAUUCACCGGCCGACUGCGAAGGAAACUGCUGUGGCUGCUAAGUUUAAAACCAAAGGGGGUUCCCAAUUGAAAGAGUACUGCUCAUCCCUAACAAAAGAAGAUUGCCGACGUCAAUCAGGUUCCUUUAUGGCAUGUGAGAAGGUUCAUUUUCGGCGAAUAAUUGCUCCACAUACUGACAUCAAUUUAGGGGAUUGUUCUUUCCUAGAUACUUGCCGGCACAUGAAGACAUGCAAGUAUGUUCAUUAUGAGCUCGAUCCAACGCCAGAUGUGUCUCCCAUGAUAAUGGGAUCUGCCACUCUUCCUCCUCCCAAACUGCUAAAGCCUCAGCGUGCAGAAUAUUGUUCAGAAGUGGAACUUGGUGAACCACAAUGGAUCAAUUGUGAUAUCCGUAACUUUAGAAUGGAUAUUUUAGGGCAAUUUGGCGUUAUAAUGGCAGAUCCACCAUGGGAUAUCCAUAUGGAACUGCCUUAUGGGACAAUGGCUGAUGAUGAAAUGCGCAAUCUUAAUGUUCCUGCACUGCAGACUGAUGGUCUGAUUUUUCUCUGGGUCACUGGACGUGCAAUGGAGCUUGGACGUGAAUGUUUAGAACUCUGGGGAUACAAGCGCGUUGAGGAGAUCAUUUGGGUGAAGACUAAUCAGCUUCAACGAAUAAUCAGAACAGGGAGGACCGGCCAUUGGCUAAAUCAUAGCAAAGAGCAUUGCCUUGUGGGAAUAAAGGGGGAUCCGGAAGUAAAUAGAAACAUUGAUACUGAUGUUAUUGUUGCUGAGGUUAGAGAGACCAGCCGUAAGCCUGAUGAGAUGUACCCUAUGCUGGAGAGAAUAAGUCCAAGGACAAGAAAGCUGGAACUAUUUGCUCGCAUGCACAACACUCAUGCAGGGUGGAUGUCACUCGGCAAUCAAUUGAGCGGAGUUCGACUGGUUGAUGAAGGCCUGCGGGCACGGUUUAAGGCAGCUUACCCAGAGGUAGAAGUGCAGCCUCCUUCCCCUCCCAGGGCUUCUGCUAUGGAAAUAGACUCUGGUGGUGCUCAAAUGAGGAAUUCAUUUUCAUCAACAGAACCGAAGUCCGCAGUUGCACAGUUUACAGAGCCUACAGCUCCAGGUGCACCCUAUGCUGCUUCUGAAGAGAAGCAAAUGAGCGUAGACGUUGAUAUUGUGAGCUAAAUAACUACACCAAUCAUAUGCCGACAGUCGCAGUGCCUUUUCCAUACGGGAAAAUCCACCUUGUCCAAUUUAUGAUGGUCAACGCUAGAGUUUAAAAAGGGGUCUCUUGAUCAUCAGCAAUUUUGUUGGAAGUUCUUACCUGUACUUAUUCUUUAGGGGGAAAUGUACCAUAUUAUGGCAUAAGCAUGUAAAAUAUUUUGGUUUUUGCA